GUAUUUCCCCUGUUCCGGGUCAUUGACGUGCUAUAUACAACUCUUGGUUUGUAUCAAACGUCUUACGUGUGUACAAGAUGGCGAAGGUUGUUGGAUAUUCACUCACUGUUGUAUAUGCAGGUACAAAUACUUUGGGGCAAUGGUAUGACUUGGAUACAUAAAAACUUAUAAUAUAAAUCCGUCGGCAAAAUGGAUGAGGCUGACAAGAAGAAGUACUGGAAUAGCCAGAUUAAGGGUAUGCUUGGACCAUGUAUGAUCACAUUCGCCAUUCCGUUGACAGUUCCAGGAUUAACGAUUACAUUGGUAGCGUUUAGUGAAGAUACGACUUUUGAAACGUACGGUGUUCUUCAUAUUGUCGGCAUUUUAUUCCUCGCAACAGCCAUUAUACUGUUGAUUCUAGGAUGUAUGCUUAGAAUGCUUUGGAAACCUUUUAUCGGACCAGACGUUGAAAUACAUUUAACUCCACUGCAGUCCGUCACGAGUUUGCGAAAACAUAAAAAGGAAACUCAACAAAUGAAAAUGAAUAAUAUUUAUUCCGGUGCUAGAGUGGGGCCUCAACAACAGUUGCCCAGGGAUGAAUCGAGAUACCAGGAGAGUUAUCCGACAGGGGGACGAGCUUCAAUAGUUGGGCUGACGACAGGAAACGCUUCAAAACAAACGGAGGAAAUUUCUCAUGGGACACGUCAGAAAGAAGAAAGACAAAACAGAUCGAGUACUACAAACAAUAGACGAAGUUCUGGAGAUUCUGGUCGAAAGAACAGACGUUUAUCCAGAUCUUCUAUUGUGCAAGACGAUUUGCAAGGCGAUUCGUCAGUAGAAGGAACAGGAAGCGAGUCUGAGUCAGCAAAGUGUAUGAAAAAACACAAGAGGAAGAGAUCAUUGAGUUCCCAAGGUAGAGGCGAAAGUAAACAUACACAUGAUGGAAAAUUGGAUGAGACAUUUCCUUUAGAGACGUCGACAUCUAAUAAACGUUUAGCAAAGGCACCUGAUGGAGAAACAUGUUUGGAUGAAAUUCAGCAGUGGCGUCAAAAGAAGAAAUCCAAGCAGAAGGCUAUGAUGAAAACGACAGACACUGGGGUAGUGAAUGCUGCCAGUGACCUUGACGAUACACUCAUGUCACGACCUCUUCCCAAACUCCAACUGAACGAACGGUCAUUGUCUUCAAAUCUCGAAAAUGGCAGUUCAACAGGCGAUGAGGCUAACUCUGGGCAUUCUGCUCGAUCGUCACAUCAAAGUUUACUUCAACAUGACGCUUUAUUGGAAAAGAAGAAACGGCGGAAGAAGAAACGGACAUCAAAAUCUGUAAAGAAAAAUGGUUCCAAUGACCAUGUCAGUGAUGCCAAACCGCCCCGUGUGUUACCGCCCGUUCUUAGAGGACGUCACCGAUCUCUGAGUGACGGUGACUACCAGUCAAAUGAGCUCUCACAUCAACAGUCGGCGUCAAGUGAUUCCAUCAAUAGUUUAGGAUCGGCAGAUUCAGUUCUGGCUCAGUACACUUCAAGGAACCCGGAUGUUUAGAACAAAUCAAUUAGCAUUUAUCUAAAUUUGAAUUACUAGUAUUCAUAAUGAGCAUGUUGUAAGUGUAGUCAAACCUGUUAAAAGACCACUCAAAGGAGGAGGGUGAGAGUGGCCUUUAUGGACAGGUGACCGCUAUAUAGAUAACUAUUAAUAGUAUAACCGACACAUGAAACCUUUAUAGACGCGUCAAUUAUUCGGUAAAUUGCAAACAUAUUGAUGUCAAUAAGUGAACGAGGAAAUUCUGGGUAAGUGUAUCAGAGUGUCGUGAAAUAUGUUCGGCAAAACAAAGUAUAAAGAUAACACAAUGUUUUGUCGAUUUUUAUCUUGAAAGAUUCGCUAUUUUUUCUACGUGCUUUGGUAAACAACACUGCAGGCAUGCAUUUUUUUGUAUGUAUGUACAUUAAAUAUCGUAUACAAGUCUAGAAAAUCCAGGGGGCGUAACUUCAAAUAAGUAAUGCUUUCAGUAUAUUCCGUCCAGUGUUGUGAGAGUUACGCCCCCUCAUUUUGGAUUUCAGUGUGCAACGCCAUGAAACAUUUGUCCCAAAAUUAGUAUUAUUUGAAUUGUUUUAAAUGAUUUUGUCGUAAUUUUUUUCUUCCCCUGGCUGUUGUUUGCAUGAAAGACACAUUAAAAGUCACUACAUAUGACGUGCAAUAUUUGGACAAUCUAUGGGACGUAAUUUGUAUCUCAUACACUGAUAAAAUGAAAGGCCGUGGUAAGUCUAGCUUUCACACAAGAUGAUUAUGUAUGAGGGGUUGUAUAAGCAAUUAUAUACAGUUUUUACAAAAUCCAGCGGCGAAUCUCAGAUAUAAAUAUAUAGGCAAAGGUAGCAUUGAUUAUUUAUUAUUUAUGCUUAAGGAAUACCCAGUGAAAUUAAGGCACCAGUCAAAACAUUUAAGGAAAUGGUGUAGCAUUUACCAUUAACAUUGUUUUCCUAAAAGUGAUGUCAUAUAUAAGCGCGUAACAUUUUUUUUUUUUUUUUUUUU